CAUUUCUAGCCAUCUACUACUCACUGUUGGUAUCUGACCAUAGCUGUUGAUAUCUGAUGGCAGCUUUUUGUAGUCAUUUCCCAGCUGUCAUUUGACAUUAAUCACUUCUUGGAAAUACUUAUUGCAAUAACAAUUGUUGAAAAGGGAGAGGAAGUGAGAGAGAAAGAGAGGGGGAGUAGGAGAGGAUCUCAGAGGGCUGAGGUUCUUAUUCGUGAGAGAAACCUGGCAGCAGCGGACAUGCGGGGUCUUCCGACUGUGGUUCUUCUGCUGGUCAUUGCGCUGGGCCAGGCAGAGGCUCGGCAGAGCAGGUGUUUUGCUCGAUUCAACCUGGUCUCCGGCCAGUGUGAGGAAGAGUUGGCUACGGUGGAUGAAGAUGACUGCUGUCAGAAUCCUCACUAUGGCUUCAUAGAUGCUGCUGGGGAGUGUCAAUUCUGUGGCUCCCCAGUGUGGACGGACUGGACACCAUGGUCCAAAUGCUGGAACAUGUGCGGUUCAGGCGUGGUCGAGAGAACCAGGAAGUGUCACGGCCUAUCAGAGUGCUCCGGUGUCCAGGCCUCACACGAGAUGAAACCGUGUGAAUCGGACGCCUGCUGCCCAGUGGCAAAGUGGGAGGUCUGGGGCGACUGGGGCCCCUGUUCCGUGUCCUGUGGGAGUGUCCCGGGACAUCGGGAGAGACAGAGGGUGUGUUCACAUCCCACGCCGGGAUGUGAACUCACCUGCAAGGGACCCGGAUCCGAAACGAAAGCAUGUGAAUCCGAAUCCCAGCCGUGUCCCGUUCACGGGGGCUGGGAUCACUGGUCGGGCUGGAGCCCAUGCACUGACGUGUGCAUCCAGGGACCCUUCAGUGAGGAUCGUUUAGGGGUCUACCCCACCAGGAGACGAGAUCGCGCCUGCUCCAGCCCCGCCCCUUCCACCACGCCCGUUGGAAACGAUUGCCAUGGCAACAACGAAGACAUCCAGAACUGCAGCGAGCUGCCAAACUGCCCAGUGGAUGGCGGCUGGGGGGCCUGGGGCCCUGCAGGAGCCUGCUCUACUUCCUGUGGGCAGGGGCUAAAGCUAGUGAUCAGGCAAUGUGACAACCCCCCCCCGCAAUAUGGCGGACAGCACUGUGUCGGCAACAGCACAAAGACAGAAAUCUGCAUGAAACCUUGUCCAGUGCACGGCGUCUGGACCGGGUGGGCAGAGUGGGCUGAUUGCACGGCUAGCUGUCACUCAAAUCGCGACUCCACGAGAAGCCGUUUGCGUUCCUGUUCUAACCCCGCCCCUUCCUCUGACGGAAACAAGUGCCUAGGAGAGGGCACGGAGAGAUUGAAGUGUGAUGAGUUACCCAACUGUCCAGUGGACGGAGCGUGGGGCAAAUGGGGAGACUACGGCGACUGCACCGUCACCUGUGGUGUGGGCCAGCGCAUCUCCCUCAGGGCCUGUGACAACCCGGCCCCCCAACACCUCGGAGAACAAUGUCUGGGGAGCUCCAGCAAGGCCAAAACCUGCACCACCAACACCCACUGCCCCAUUGACGGCGUGUGGUCCGACUGGUCGGACUGGGGCGACUGCAAGGACAGAGGCGAACCCGUCGGGUGUAGCAUGAGGCAGGGCAGCCAGUCGCGGAGCGGCAGCUGCCUGGGGAGGGACUUCGGAGGCAAGGGUUGCCCCCCUCCUGCCGGGGGAGGGACCAUGUUCCAGAUGCGUGGCUGCUAUGACAUCCACAACUGUAAUACGAUGCCAGGCCUCGGUUGGAGUGAGUGGUCGGAGUGGGGCGUGUGUACCCGAAGUCGCGAUAACAAGAUGAAGAGCCUUCGAGUCAGAGUGUGUGAGCCCGACCUGAGAGAGUACAGCCCUUAUAAUCACCGUGGUCGUGAGAUGUCAUUCAGUGGAACGCCAAAACCAAGAUGCACGAGAUCGUCGACCGACGUGAGGGAGCUAGUGGAGUGUAUCCAACUACCUGUGGUUCACCUUGAAUAAAAUUGUCGGUUAAACACUACCGACACCCACCGCACAGCUUUUUACUCACAAGUAGAGCCUCAGGAUUUUUCGUGCUCAAGUGCUGGUACUAUAUUUGCUUAUGAUGUUACAUCAGUGACAAGUAAUAAAAAUACUUUUUCCUUUUG